UUGCGGUUAGACGUCAGGUGAAACUCGCUCCGUGAGGAAAAGGGGACAGAUGAAAGUUUCUUCGUUUGAACUUUCUGGAAAGUUUUUUGCACUAUUUAUAAACGUAUUCACCUAAGGAAACCUUUGACAUCAGGAACCAUCACGUUACAAGAUGAAGAGCCUAAAGUAUCGAUUGAAAAAACACGAAGUUACCAUCACAAACACAGACUGGAACAAGUAUGAUGACCGGCUGAUGAAGGCGGUGGAACGUGGCGAGGUGGACAAGGUGGCUGCUGUUCUCGGCAAGAAGGGCAUCAUCCCCACCAAGCUCGAUGUGGAAGGACGCUCUGCGUUUCAUUUGGCUGCAACACGAGGACACCUAGACUGUCUCAAUCUCAUCCUAGGACACAAUGUUGAUAUCACUGCAACUGACGCUACAGGUAAAAAUGCUCUUCAUCUGGCUUCAAGAAAUGGACAUUCUCUGUGUGUGCAGAAACUCUUGCAGCACAACUGUCCAGUUGGAAAUGUGGACCUUCAAGGAAGAACAGCUCUACAUGAUGCUGUCAUGGCAGGCUGCUCAUCCAGCGUGAAACUUCUCUGUGACAGCGGGGCUUCUGUGAAUGCCAGUGAUUUUGAUGGCAGGACACCUCUGGUGCUUGCAACCCAAAUGUGUCAUUCACGCAUCUGUCAGCUGCUGUUGGAGCGGGGGGCUGAUAUCACCAUGCGGGACAAGCAAAACAAGACAGCGCUGAUUCUGGGCUGCGAGUACGGCUGUAAGGAUGCAGUGGAGGUGUUGCUGAAAAGUGGCGCUGAUGUGAAAGCUAUCGACGGCUUGGGUCAUGAUGCAUUUCACUACGCUCGCCUCAGCAAGAACCCGGAGCUUGUUGCGAUGGUCAAAAGUUACCUCGACAAAGCCACCAGAGAUAAAGAGGCUGCCAAGAUGGAACAGUGGAAGCGACAGCAUUCUGUGGAGAGAUCAGAGGCAACUGAGGCUAACAGAAGGGAUCAGAUCAUACAUGACCUGGAGAGGCAGAACGAGGCCCUGCAGGAAAGUCUCAAGAAGUACCACCAGGAGCAGAGAACCCUGUUAGAUAAAGUCAACAUGCUACAGCAACAGCUCACGCAGGAAAAAAUGGCUGUGGAAGACACUCAGAAAGAGAAGGAGCAGUUGAAGGUGAUACUCAGUGCCAAGGAGAGAGAGGAAGGGGCUCGAGGGCUGGAGACUGUCAAGGUCCAGCUCCGGAGCACUUUGGGGGACUACUGUGGGCAGUCUGUUAUCAAAGGCAAAGAAAACAUUUUGGUCAAACAACCUCACAGCCUAGAUUCUGAUCAGAUGGUCCAGAAUCCUGCCAUGUCGCGUUCCUUGUCCAGACCUUUAGAGAAGAGUGCGGGAGCUGUUGGCUGGGACCUCUCUAGUGAACUAGAUGCACUUCGAAAUGAACUUGAGGCAGUCAAGAGAAGACAACAGGCAGCAGAGGAAGAGACGGCACGGCUUCAAUCUGCCCUGAACCGUAAAAACCGAGAGUGCCAAGAACUGAUUCAAAGCCGAGACAUCAUCCAGAAACAGGCUGACCAGCAGGUUCAGGAGCUCGAAGAUGCCUUGGGAGAUGUCCAGAAAAGGAUGCUGGACUCAGAGUGUAAAGUCAAACAGCUGCAAGCCCAUGUAGUCGCUGUUAAGGAACACUUAGGAGGCCAGGCAACAGAAGAACUGCGUGCCCAGCUCCUGGACGUCAAGGCCAAGUAUGAAGGUGCUUCAGCUGAAGUGUGUCGUGUUCGUAACCGCCUCAAACAGAGCGAGAAGGCCUUAGAGGAGUACAAAUCCAGUGAAAACCAGCUAGCAGCCGAGGCAGAUAGGCUCACCCAAGAGGUGGGAGCUGUGACUGCAGAACGAGAUGAACUUGCAGAAACCCUUUUGGAAAUGGAAACCCAACUGAAGGAGACCCAAACUAAACAUGGCAAUGUGGUACCAUCUGAGAAAUUUGACAACAUGAAAAACCUGCUGACCAAUGCAGUUGAUGAGAAGGAGCGACAGAUCGCUGAGCUGAGGGAAGACUACGAUCGUGUGCUGGAGGAGGUGGCAGAGCUGCACAGAAAGCUGGACAGUCCGUCAUCCCAGGGAGGCUCAGGGGCGAAGUCUGCUGAGGAGCAACAGAGGAUACGGGCUGCUCUCGAAGAGCAGAACGCCUCACUGAAAAAGAGGCUGGUGGAUGUGACUGCCAAAAGCCAGGCUCUAAUUCAUGAGGUUGAGGAGAGCGAGGAGGAAAGAGAUAUACUACGAGACCAACUGGAUGAGCUCAACAGCAGGAUUGAGAAUGACUUCAUACCCAUGAAGGACCAUGAGGAAGCUCGGGGGAACAUGGUAACAGCUUUGGAGGAACUGGAGGAUAAACUGGUGGAGGCCAGUGAACGUUACGGCAAAGCAGAGGGACAAGUCCAGCAGCUUCAAACCGAGAGGGUCACGCUGCAGGAGAAUAUUAAGAGUCUCCAAAGUGCCAGCGACAGACACCGGAGUGAAACAGACGCUCUGACCUGUCACAAUGCCGAUCUGAUGAAGAAACUUGAAGUGUUGCAGAAGAGAUGUGAAGACAGAGAUAAAGAGUGUGUACAGCUGACCACACAGAGCCAAACUCUGAAACAGAGCUUGGAGGGAGAGUAUGUUCCCAGACAACAGCAUGAGCAAGUGAAGAUGGAGUUAAGUUCCACCUUAGAGAGUGUUAAAGCAGAGAUGUUGAAGUUGGAGACCAAGGAAAAAGAAAGUGGGGAAGAAUUGAAGAAUGUGAAAGAAGGAAAUGAUAAGUUGAAAGAAGAAUUGGAAAAAGUUCUGUUGGAGAUGAAGAAAUACUAUAUAAGCAUAAAAGACCACAAAGCUAUCACAGACACACUGAAUGCUACUGUGGUUGAGGCAGAGAAUAGAGCAAAAGAAGUGUCAGCAAUGCAUGUGUUGGCCCAGGAGGAAUCGGUAAAGCUUACUCAAGAAUUAGAAGAGCAGAGGAAAGAACUUGAUACCAUACAGGAGGCUAUUCAGUCCAAGUUUAUCCCACUGACGGCGGCUGAGGAGAAAGAACACUCUUACAGUGCCCAGGUGGAGGAGUUGACAGUCAAGCUGUUGGAAAUGGAGGAGAAGUAUAACAAAGAAAGGUCUGCUUGGGAGAGCGACAAACAGGAGAAAGAGAAACUAAAACUUGAGGUUGAAUCUGUUCAACAAAGACUAGAGACCGCUUUAGUUACCAGUGAAAAACACAAGGAAGGUGAGGAAGAGUUCAUGGGUAGAUUUGAGGGAUUGACUCAGAAGUUGGUCAGUUUAGAGCAGCAGCACGAGGAGGUUACACUUCAGAAAGCUGAUCUUGAAGACCAGAAUGGCCUUUGCAACACUCAGAUCCAAAAUCUCCAGGAGCGUCUGAAAUCAGAGUUGACUCGAAUAGCAACAUAUGACACGGAGCUUAAAGCCCUCCAUGAUGCCAUGCAGCAAGCCCAGGCCGAUUGCAAGAAAGCAAGAGAGGCCCAGCAGGAGGAGGCCCAGAGGGUUUGUGCCUUACAGAAAGAACUGCAGGAACACCAAGGGGAUCAGGCUUCUCUGCUGCAACAACACAUCAAGGCAAAGGAAGCCCUAGAGGCCGAAGUCACUAAGCUUCAAUUGGCUCUCAGAGAAGAGGAGGAGAACAACGCCCAGAGGGCUGAAGAUGUGUCUGCCCUGCAAUCUGAGCUACUUCAAGCCACACAGGCUCUUGAGGAGGUUCGCGAUAAGGAAAACCAAAUGAACCAGCUGAAGAAGGAGAAGCAACAGCUGGAGGAGGUGGCUGCCAACCUGAACAACAAGCUACUGAGCUUAGCAGAAGAGUGUGGAGAGGCCCGUCAGGAGGCUACACAAGCAAGGGAGGGUGAGAGCAAUGCCAGGACAGAGAUGGAGGCUGUUCAGGAAAAGGGACAUGCCAUUGAAAGAGAAAUUAGAGACCUGAAAGAGAGAUACGACGAGUCGCUCAGUACCAUCUGUGAUCUUCAGAGGAGGAUCCAGACAUCAGCUCAGCAGACUGAAGCCAAAGACAAGAAGAUCACAGAGUUGCUGACAGACGUUGAGCGGUUGAAGCAGGCACUGAAUGGUCUCUCCCAGCUGGCAUACACCAGCAACGCACCCAAUAAGAGACAGACACAGCACAUUGACACUCUCCAAGCCCAGAUCAAGAACCUACAGCAACAGCUGGCUGAUGCUGAGAGGCAACACAGGGAGGUGGUUUCGAUUUAUCGAACUCAUCUUCUCAGUGCAGCGCAGGGCCACAUGGAUGAAGACGUCCAAGCCGCCUUGCUACAGAUCAUCCGCAUGAGACAGGAGUUUGUGUGUUAAAGCUUCCUCCAACAAAACACAAUGCUACCUGCUGACUCGGAUUCACCAUUUUCACAAACCCCUUGCUGCAAAGUGUCCUUGCUGUGGCCCCUGUGGGUGCUCAGUGUGUGUUUGUGUGUUUGUCUUUUGGCAAAUAUUUCUCCAAGCAGGCUGUUCUGAAAUCCAUUAUGUUGUAGCAUGGCCGUACUUUGUUGUGGUUACAGGUGAAUAACUGUAGGUUUGCUUGGUACAAAUGUGAAACUUCAACUUCAGUAGAAACACAGCCAAUGAAAACUCAGUUUAUUUAAAUUGCUAGAAACGGUUAUGCAGAAACGGUUUUCAGUGUGUGAAAAUGUUUUUUCUGUCAAAUCUCUUAAAAAUGAUGAAUUAACCCAUUAUCUUCAGUAAUUUGGAACUUAUUUGAAAUGUGGGUCCCUUUCAUAGAUGACUGGAAAUGCACAGCUGAAAUGUUAAAUGGACAUGAACACAAAAGACCACUUUUCACAUUCCCACCUGACAGUCAGCUCUCAUACAGUGUUUUUGUAUUUAACAACUUUUUUUUUUUUUUUCUUGAAUUGUAAGGGAUAGGUUCACAUUCUUCUCAAGUCGACCUUAAUGCGGUACGCAUGCCUGUGCAGUGUGUACUUUGGAUGAGUUACUGUAUGUUGUAAUCAUUCCUCCUGUUUAUACUGGCAGUGAGGAGGUCAGAGAAAUGUUAGAAAGAGUUGAAAUACAUACGGAUGAAUCACAUCUAACAUCAAAAAGAUACAUGUCAAGUAUAUGUCAAACAUUUAAGUGGAUUAAUCAAUCUAUACACAGUGGCUUCUGGAAUAAAAAGCAAACUUCUGUUUAUUUUAUCAUGUUUGUCUAUGAACACAUUUCUGCUGGCAUUGGCUUAAAGUAGUCGUAGAGGACAUGUGUAGGGUCCUUCAUCUUUUUUUAGUUGAGUGUAACAUCACCUUGCAAUCAGUUCUUGUCCUUUUUGAAGGGAUGUAAACCAGCAAGUAAAUAAUAAAGAAAAAAAAACUUUCAAUCAGAGGAAUAAAACAUUGAUAUUCUGAUGUGCUCUAAAGGAGGUUAGUUUAGUUUUUGUCAGUUUUCAUUGUGAAAAAGGCUCAUUUGAAAAUUCUCUUCUGAAAUAACUUCACUUUGGAAGACCCUUAAACUAACUCAGAUUUGCUGAAGCCUCUUAUUAGCAUAUUUUAACCUUGGAAUAAAUUUUUGACUGUUGAUUUUCCAUCUCUUACAUUGGUUUAGCACUAAGAAGGAAUCUCUCCAAAGCUGGUAUAGACAGGAGCAAUGAUUACAGCAAAAAAAUGUGAACCUAUCCUUUAACCUUGUUCAUGUCAGUUGUAGCAGUUCAGCUACUUUCUUGACAGGUUUGAGUCAAACUCAUUUUACGGCACAGUUAACGUCCUCCGGAGGUCCAAACUAACAUGUUUUCAGUAUAAGCCAAAUACCAAAGACCUGAAGUUCAUCCAAAUCUAAAAGCUGCUUGCCAUUCUGGUAGAUGGGAGGCAGUUUGUGGUAGAUUUGGGAGAGCUGUCAGUUAUGUCUCUCACGCAGUCUGGCUACAUUAGUCUGUGCAUUGGUUAUGCUGGAUUUGAGUCAUGGAGGUGUGGAGUGGAGAUCUCUUGCUGUGUCCUACAGUUUGCAGUGGCACGUCGUCCUUUUGUUGAAACCAGAGUGUCCUCUAGUGGUGAGACUUGGCAGGCCAAGUUGAUAGAAAUUGUAAUAAUCAGUGUGGCCCAGGGGUAGGCAGUUGUUGUUUUAGGAAGCUUGUACUCAACAUUAGGGAAAUUGAUUAUAAAUAUGAAAUGAAAUGAAACAGAAUAUUAAAUCUGAAUGUAAAACUAAACUGACAGAGGUUUACUACUCAUAUCUGUUGCUUUCUAUUACCACAUUUAAACCAAACUCCUUUUUAAAGACAGCAGCUAAAGGUUGACUUUAUAAAAAAUCUAAUGUAUGCAGCAGUGGACUUUGCAGCUCUCCUGGAGCAAAGGUUGCGUACCCCUGAGCAGCUCUUUGUGACUCUUAAUGGUGUAGUGUAGUGGUGUUGUGAUGGUUGAGCGAGUCUCUUGUGCCUUUACACUGAUAUAUUUUUCAUAGCUUUGUACUACUUUAAUUACUGUACUACUGUGUGACAAUUGUGAUAUUCAGCAGGUCUGGAAGUAGAACGGCACAGAACACGUUCAGGGUAACAUUUACUGUAGGAUGCCACUUGAUAGGAAUAGAACGAAUCUCUCCUUAUGUGGAUAGACAACCCUCUUAACAAGUAGUUAUUUGAAGCACUCCUGUCUUUACCUUUCAACUAACACACUUCACCAAGUAGAAUUUCUUGCUCUGUUUUUAUACUUUGGCCAAAAACUCUGUUUACACCAACAGAUAGUUAAUGAAAACCACACCUCUUGCAUUUUAUUAUGCAGAUGUUAGGAAUUAACACUAAUUCUUUAGGUAUUUCUUACUAUGUUCCCUCUUCUGUUAACAUAGAUUAUAAAUUGAAUCCAAAAAAUCUCUAAAUACAUAUACUGAUACCAAUCUGUUUAAAUUGGUUGUUUUCUUUGGCAAUAAUAUUUGUGUUUGUGAAUCAAUAAUACAAAAUAAAUAAAAAGUGCCUAACAUAGAAAACUA